AUGGGAAAGGUUCACGGAAGUCUCGCCCGUGCAGGCAAGGUCAAGUCUCAGACCCCCAAGGUCGAGCCUGCCGAGAAAGCAAAGACCCCCAAAGGCCGCGCGCGCAAGAGGGAGGUUUACACGCGCCGCUUCGUCAACGUCGCCGUCACUGGCGGCAAGCGCAAGAUGAACCCUAACCCUGGCAAUUAA